UUGUCAAUUUUCUGUCAAAUCUUAUUCGACGGGAGAGGAGCUAGGUAGCACAUAUUUUUCAAUAAAAUUAAAUAAAAUGGCAGAAUCAGUAACUGAACUUCCUAUAAAUAUUGAAGAAAGUGUGCGAGAAACUGUACAAAAUGUUACUGAUAAGCCUACAUCGAGUAUUGAAGGAGUCGCGAUUGCCUACUUAAGUUUAGUGAUAAUGGCUAUUUUACCCAUAUUCUUUGGUGCCUUCCGUUCUGUGAAAUAUUUAAAGGAACAGAAAGAAUCUGGGGAGAGGCCGGAAACUAUGUCAAACAAGGAUGCCCUGAUGUUCCCGCUGAUUGCAUCCUGCGCUCUGUUUGCUCUCUAUAUUUUUUUCCAAUUCUUCUCUAAGGAGUACAUCAAUCUUCUUCUUACUGGAUAUUUCUUCUUUCUUGGUGUUCUGGCACUGAGCCAUCUCUUAAGCCCAAUAAUAUCGUUGAUUGUGCCAGCAUCAGUUCCCAACUUACCGUACCACAUCUUAUUCACGCGUGGGGAACGUGACGCCCGCUCAGACAUUGUCAACUACAAGUUUACCUCGUACGACGUCAUCUGUCUUGUUAUAUCUCUGUGUCUCGGAGCUUGGUAUCUUCUCAAGAAGCACUGGAUCGCCAACAACCUGUUCGGUAUCGCGUUUGCCAUCAACGGUGUGGAGCUGCUGCACCUCAACAACGUAGUGACGGGAUGCAUCCUGCUCUGUGGACUCUUCCUUUACGACAUAUUCUGGGUCUUCGGCACUAACGUCAUGGUCACCGUUGCUAAGUCAUUUGAAGCGCCUAUUAAAUUGGUGUUCCCUCAAGACUUGCUGGUAAAUGGUCUCAAUGCUAGUAACUUUGCUAUGCUUGGACUUGGAGACAUUGUAGUACCUGGCAUCUUCAUUGCUCUCCUGCUAAGAUUCGACAAAAGUUUGAAACGUGGUUCAGAGUUCUACUUCAGAGCCACCUUCUCUGCUUACAUCCUGGGACUGCUGGCCACCAUCCUUGUGAUGCACAUAUUCAAACAUGCGCAACCCGCUCUGUUGUACCUGGUGCCCGCUUGUCUUGGAACACCUUUGACUCUUGCUCUACUUCGAGGAGACAUAAAUGCCUUAUUUAACUAUGAAGAUCAACCAGCGAUUGUUGAAUCCCCCGUUGACAGCAGUAAAACAAAGAAAUCAGACUAGACCGUCAUCCCGCUAAAUUCGAAGCACAAAUGAGCGGCACAUUGUGAAUUAGAUAACAUUACAGAAAAAUAUUUUUAUCUCCAUGACGAUGGUGAGGGAACCAUGGCUGAUAUGUGAAGGAACUCCAACUAGAACAGAAAAUAAUAAUUUGUUUUUUAUUAAUGUGACUUCCUUGUAUAAUCUUCCAUUAUUUAUUUAAAAUUGCAUAAUAUAUUGAUGAGUAAGGCUAAAUUGUGUAAUUUUUAUAUUUGUAAUUUUUUUUUUAAACUUUAAAUGUUCAUUAACAUCUUUAAAUGAUGUACAUAAAAUACUUUUUGGUUAUACCUCACAUGAAAAUGUUUAAAAUUGAAUCAUUAUAUGAAUAUAUUGUGUGACUGAUGUGAGUGUUAGAUAAAUAAGUUUAUUUUCCUCUUUAAAACAAUCAUUUUAAAAUAUUUUUGUAUUUAAUGUUACCAAUUUACAAAAUAUUGUCGUAAAAAAUUAUAGAUCUAUUAUACCGCGUGUGAAAUUAAAGCGUGGUAUUAUAAAUAACUCUACUCUUAAGAAAAAAUUAUCGGAUUAACCGCUUUAUGUUCAUAACUCAAUUUGUCACAAUUUUUUCAAACUCAAAAGUUCAAAAAUUUUCUAAUAAAUCUUGGAUAGUACGUCGCAAAACAUAUGCAAAAUAGAUCUAACAGCUUACCUAUAAAUGGUAUUCAAGGUUGAUUACUUUGAAAAAUGCUGUUUAUCUCUUUCGAAUGUCAAAUCAGUGAGAGAAAUGAGCGAACUAAAAACAGACAAAAAUGUUUAUAAAUAAGAAUGUAUAUUUUUAUUAAUUAACAGCAUUUUCAUUUGGCUUAAGAUAAGUAUUUCGAAAUUAUAUAACGGGCACUUAAAAUGUUAGGUGGGUCUUUUAUCUACCGUACUGUUUGCAAUCAAAAUCUAUUCAUUCAUAGAUAUGCAAUUACCGUUUUUUUUAUUUACUGUUAACACCAUUACAAUUUUGUCAAUACUAAUAACUAGUUUUUAAAUAACUAAGCAUUUCUUUCAUAUAUUGUCUUUGCUUUUUUUUGCAAUUUCCAUUAGCAAUAGACAAUUAAAAUAAAGUAUUUUAUAAUAUGUGGGUUUGCCGUAAUACGUCUGCUAUUGUGGCAUCAUACUUCGUUUUUGUAUGGUUGUAACUAGGAAUUGUGUACCGAAUUAAUUAAUGUAGACAACGCAAAUGUUGGGAUAAAACAAAUAAAUAUGUCGACAAAA